AUAUUACAGAACGCUCAGGAAACAGGAGACUAUGAGACAGCCACAUGGUUCCUCCACCGUUACCAUAAGGGACUCGCUCUGCUGCCCACAGAGGCGCGUGCUGAGGCUCGCAGGGCGCGUGUUCAGCCGCACAGGCAGUUGAAAGUUACUCUUAAAUUGAUUCAGGAUUCUGGUGAAAGUUGAGAGAAGGAGCGUCUCCACAACUGAGGACAAGAAGAGACUUGGAUGAACUUUUUUCAGCGCGUGAAAUAAGAGUGAGGAAUUAUUUUUCUGUGAAAGCCUGCUAGGCAUUUUUGUGAACUUUGUCAAAGCACUGAGCAGUGUUUCCAGACAGGAUGGUGCAGCACAUGAGCCAGACGGAGAGCGCUCACUCUCCCGGAGGAGACUCCACCGACACGGGAGAAAUGGACUUGGAGAUGGAUGUGUCUCCCACUCCCGAGUCCCCUUCUUCCGGCGUGAGGAGCGACUUGGCGUGGUGCAAAACUCCAACGGGACACAUCAAGAGACCCAUGAAUGCGUUUAUGGUGUGGUCUCAGAUCGAGAGGAAGAAGAUCAUGGAGCAGUCUCCCGACAUGCACAACGCGGAGAUCUCCAAGCGGCUGGGGAAGCGCUGGAAGCUGCUGAAAGACAUUGACAAGAUCCCGUUCAUCCGUGAGGCGGAGCGGCUCAGACUCAAACACAUGGCCGACUACCCAGACUACAAGUACCGGCCCAGGAAGAAGGUGAAGUCGGCGGGCAGCGGAGCGAGUAAACCGGCGGAGCGUGCAGACAAAAGCGUCGGCGGGGAGCGGAAAGUGAAAAGAAGCCCCGUGUCCAAAGCGGUGAGCAGGACACACAAACCAGUGGGCAUUAAGAGUGAAUUCCCGUCUCCAGGGGACCACCAGGCGCUCUUCAAAUCCCGCUCAGUGUCCGGGGCGAGGCAGAUCCCGGAGAAGAGAAGCGGAGGAGAGGCGAGGCGCGGACACAUGUUCUGCGGGGCAGGGAGCUUGGAAAGCGGGCCUCCAUCCGUGGGGGUCCCGGCUAGUCCCACCCUGAGCAGCUCACCGGAUUCAAGUGACCCCCCCAGUCUUUACGAGGAUCACAGCCCCGCGGACACUGAGAACUCUCACUCCGCGCGCCUCAGGUACACGCGCGCCUCUUCUCCAACACCCUCGGCGUCUCACUCUUCCUCCUCCGUGUCAUCCUCUUCCUCGGAUGAAGAGUUUGAAGACGAGCGGCUCGAGUUGACUCCCAGCCCCGGAUUUGAGAGCAUGUCUCUGGGCGGGAUGGGCUUCUCAGACGCGGAGCUGGACCGGGAUUUGGACUGGAGCUUCGGGGAAUGCGGGGCGGGAUCUCACUUUGAUUUCCCCGACUAUUGCACCCCGGAGGUCAGCGAGAUGAUCUCAGGAGACUGGCUGGAGUCCACCAUCUCCAACCUGGUGUUCACCUACUGAAGAGGAGCGGAGCCGCGACUUCCCCCCCUACGUUUUUGAACUGUUCAACCCUCCAGAACCAGAUUAUUUCCGCCAUUCUUUCACUAGAUAAGGGAGAGUGAAAACAGGAAAGAAGAGGUGGCCUGUGUGCGCGUUGAAGCCCAGGCACGCGCCGCUCGCAGACUGACGGGCACGCGCAGACAGGGGAAAUGCUUAGUUUGCAUUUGGACACGGAGGAGGAGUGAAUGUAAGCAGAGAGCAGUGAAACUCACGGACUUCAGCUCUAAUGUUCAGACGCUCCGCAGUGGAGCAGGACGGAGAACGAACUUUUGAAUCUAAAUGUUAUUUCGGCUCGUGAAAAAGGGACAUUUACUGGGCAUGUUGGGUUUUGUUAUAGCCAAUUCACAUUGACCAUCAAGUUGCAAUUCAGGUGUAGUUUUCUUUCAAAACUCGAAGUAGUUUCAAUACCAACACGCAUGCCCUCCGAGAAAAGGAGGAUUUUGUUGUUGUUAAAUGCGUAAAAAUGUUCAUUGCUGCGUAAUUACGCAAUUUUCUGUGACCAUAGGACACAAUUCACUAUCACCAGCUUCUCUUUCAACGGCAGGACUUUAAACACAGACUGACUCCAAACUUCAGAAACCCUUUUCUGAACCUUUUUAAACACUCAGUGCACAAUUUCAGGACCAAUGUUUCCCGACAUCCUUUCUGCCUAGUGCUUCAACUUUGUAGUUCCUCUGUGUCAGACCACGUUUUUUAUAUCGAUGUAUUUAUACCGGCCAAACUUUUUUAUACAUAGAAGUAUUGUUCUGUACAGGUCUCGUUUGUGUUUGUGCACAUACACCUGUCUGUAUCCAGCGCGGAAGGGCUAGAAGUGUAUCUUAUUUAAAAAUGUCUGACUUCUCUCACUUUUAAGGAGACUUGAGUGUGUCAUGAUUUUCUACUUGUAUUUUUGUACAAAAUCUAUAGAAAGGGGUUUCCAGCGAGUGGGUAGCCUACAACAUUGUUGUUUGGGUCUACAUUGGUUUAGACGUGCAGAGGGGGUUUGUUUGGCACAAUCUGACCUCACACAGUGUUUACAGUAUUUACCCACAUGCUUCUUAAUGGCACAGUGACUCCAGUUUCACCAGCGAGUAAACACAGCUCCACUCAGCUCCCAGUCUGAGUGGAGCCUGUUUCCAGUACACACAGAUCUACCGUAUAUGAGUGAAAGACCCCAGAGAGUCACUGUUUGGAUAGAGCUAAUACCUCUGUGUGCUUUUGUUUUGAUCAAGAUAAGUUUUAUUUGAACCACUGGAUGGAAUUUCACACUCAUUCCACUUUGCCUAGACUUCGGAGGGAGGGAGAUGUAUGAAGUGCUUCAUCUGUUUUUGCGCAAAUUACAUCAAAAAAUAGUAUUUAACCUUUCUGUACCUGUUGGCUAAGUAUAGCAGGCUAAUUGUUUUCCUAUAUUAUGGCAUGGCAAAUAGCAUUUGUAUUUCAGAUUCAGGUAUAUGUAGCUAUAGCUGUUGUGUUUAAGAUUUUUAAAAGAAUAAUAACAUGAAGAUAUUUAUGUAAACUGACUGUACUAUAAGCAAAGAUUGUGUGUUUUAUGUAUGAUGAUGAUCAACGACAGGCACUAGGACAGCCAUCUUUGGACAUUCUUAUGUUAAAGAUGAUUGUGGUCCAAGAGUUUCUUUUUCUUUCUACCUUUCCAGACUUCUUUUCUAUUGUCCUCUUUCUUUUUUCAUUUGUGCAAUAUGCUGUGUAUGAUCAUGUUUCGUCCAAUCAUGCCAAUAUCAUUUGAUGUUUAUAGCUCAAAACCAGCCAAUGUUUGGGUCAAUCACUGCCUCUCAGACCUCUGUACAGAUUGUCGUUUUUAUAAUUUGUUUUUCUUUUCUUCCAAGAAGGAAAUAAAAUCAGCUGGAACUGAAAAGUACA